AUGGCUAAGCACUUUCUCCUGCUGAAUCUAAUAGCAGUACUAAGUUUCUGCUGUGUUGUGUUAGCUUUUGAGCCAAGUCCAAUGCAAGAUUUCUGUGUGGCGGAUCCUAUUAGCACAGUUAAGGUAAAUGGCUUAUCUUGCAAAGAUCCCAAGUCUGUUAUCGCAGAGGACUUCUUCUUCAGUGGCCUACAUUUAGCUGGAAACACAUCUAACACUUUUGGCUCUAAGGUCACUCCAGCCAAUGUAGCUCAAAUUCCAGGACUGAACACUCUAGGUAUCUCACUGGCACGCGUAGACUAUGCACCAUGGGGAAUUAAUCCUCCUCACACUCACCCAAGAGCUACUGAGAUAGUCACAGUCCUUGAAGGUUCUCUUCAAGUUGGUUUUGUAACUUCAAAUCCUGAAAAUCACCAUAUUACUAAGGUCCUUAAAAAAGGCGAUGUGUUUGUUUUUCCAAUUGGACUUGUUCACUACCAACGCAACGUGGGAAAUGGAAAUGCUGUUGCUAUUGCUGCUUUGAGUAGUCAGAAUCCUGGUGUUAUAAGCAUUGCCAAUGCAGUUUUCGGAUCAGAACCAGCUAUAGCAACAGAUAUUCUUGCCAAGGCUUUUCAAGUUGAUGCCACUGUUGUUGGUCAGAUACAAUCAAAAUUUUAA